AUGGAGUGCGGCGUGCUCGUCGCGUCCCAUCUUUCCUCCCUCUUCCCGUCGUCCUUGCCCAUCUCCGUCCCCACAUCGCAUAAGGAUAUUCUCAGCCUUUUCGUGGACUCCUCUGCUUCCCCAGAACAUGCCAGCUACUCUACCCUCUUUCAUACCUCCCGAACGGGCACCAUUCUGCUUCGCCUCAUACACCGUGCUACCCUUCUCGAACUCAUCAUCACUCUCACCCGCGAUGCUCCCCAGCUGCGCUUUGAUUUUCCUGGUGCCAUCUUACCCUCUCCGGCAGUGGGAAGAGCGAGAACUACACGUUAUUAUCGUCUCUGGCAACCCAGCAAGUACCGGUUUCGCCAGUACGACAUCCAGAACAUGCAGUCAGACAUGGAGGGGAAAGGCCAUGACACCUGCUUCGACAUCCGCCUCAAGCUCCGGAAUCUGCCUGCAGAUGCGCAGAAGCUUCUCAGUGUAUUUCCAGAGUUUGAAAUGGAGAACCCUGUGCCUUAUGUUCUCGCGUUCAUCCCAGCUGCAUCAUCCUUGACUUCGGGAGGUUAUUUCCAUCUCUUCAGCUCGCAUUCCAGCGAUCUACAUCCUCUGAACUACUUUGAGUGCUCCGUCACAAGUGCACAUUGUCAUUUACAGGACUUCGUGGUGAUUGGCUCCACCCUGUACACUGUUUGGGAUAAGCAGGGCCAGUUCAUGGUGGAAGACACCAAGAUUUCGUUUCAUGAUGGUAACAGGAUCGAGGUGGUGUGGAACACCGCGACUUACGCCCAUGAGGCGGAACUCACACCGGCGUAUCUGGAAAAAUUGCUUCUGUCCGCAGGCUCCAUGGCUGACAAGUUUUUCGAAGCAAUCUCAAGACCAGGCAUAUUCUCGCCUGUAACGCUUCGGACUGCUAUCGAUCAGUACACUGAUGCAUGCCGCUCCCUCUCCCCGCCAUACGCGCCACGGCUGUUGACCAUGUACGGCAGCAUGGGCGAGCAGAUCGCUGCCGUAGUGGGCUGCACGGUUGAGCUCACCCGCGAUCCCAGCACCUGUGCUCCGCAGUACGACAGGUACUGGAACGGGCUGAAACGCGACUGGGAGGGCUUCGUAGCGCGGUGUCGUGAGAUCAAGCGCCAUGCGCGCUGGCCGCUGGCGAUCGGCAUGGGAAAACUCAGGGAGGGCAUUCUGGUCGUCGAACGCGAACGAAUCAUGGCGCUCGUAGACAAGGACUUUCCUCUUAGGUCCCGCCGGCUUCUCGCGGCGUCUUCUCUUCCGGACCCCCAGUUUACCCUCCUGGAGAUCCUGUGUACGCUGCGUGCUAAGAUUGGCACCCGGCCCAUGAUUGUUUUCGAGGAUCGAUUGGUCGACCUUGUGCAUCAAGAGAUCGCCUUCCCAUAUGCCGAUAUUAUACAGGACCAAGCCGACCAGCUGUGGGCCUUGGCGGACGAGGAAGUCGUCGCGAAGAUGAGGGACAUGCACGUCUCGUCAACGGCCUCCGGAUUCACGCUGAGCUACUCGCUCAUCCACUGUCUCCUCACGCAGUACGACAGUGAUGCAGCAGGCGCGCCUGUCUCCGCACACCUAUUGUUAGAUUCUUCCGGGCUGCUGGAAUCUUUAUCUCCUGCAAAUGCGACGAAGCUCGAGGUGCUCUUUUGGGAGUGGCUGCGUCUUCUCGGAUACCGCGAGGCUUCCAGAGAGAGCUUAGCGUGGCUGCCGAGGACAGCUGAGGUGAAGUACGUGCUUGGGCGACUGUGGUUGGAUGAGGGUAGGUACGAUGAUGCAGCUUCGGUGUUAACCAUGGAGGACCACGAGGCUCCGGCCGGGGUACUGCCAGGCGCGGCGUUCUUACAAUCUGUGUUCGAUCUCUAUUUGCAUAUCGCCAGCCUCUUCAAGGCCAUUUCUGUGACAUCAAGUGAAGUGGUGUUUUCCCAGCUCGCUCUGUCCGUGGCACCGCCAGGUGUCGACACCGCGUCCCUGUGGCACGCGGUCAUAAGAGGCCUCACGGACUUGGGGCUUUAUGAAGAUGUGUAUGCCCCACUAGUCUCCCACCUCUAUAAGAAAUUGUGUGAGCACGCCGUCGACCGGCUCAUGGUCGUUAAUUUUACGGGCUUCGUGGACGAGGUGGAUGAAUCGCUCUCGUUUAAGGCCCGGAACGUGGACCCGCGAGUGCGACCGUUCUACUCAAGGAUACUCUACACGUUGUAUAUCUCUCGUGGCGAUUAUCGUAAUGCCGCCCUCACAAAGUACCAGCGGGCGCGGAAGCUCGCCAGCCUGUUCGGAGACCCGGCGAACUUCAUUGAAAUUGCCGAGUUGCAGCUUGAAGCUUAUGUUGUUGGAAUGAAUGCUCUCACGCUCACUGAUCAGAAGAACACAUGGGUCAUCCUGCUUGUUACGGCCGAAUUCGAACACGAGGUCAAGUACGGGCCCGGGAAGCGGGACAUGAAGGUGGUGGAACUGGCGGACAUGCAGUACGAGUAUACACUUUUGACUAUCCGUCUGGAGUUAAUCCGCCGAGACCCCACACUUCCGUCGGCUGGGGAUGCGCUGCCAUCGCCUCUGUCCGUCAUAUUGCAUCUGACACAAGCGAAUCGCUUCAACAUGGACAUGGCUACCGCACGCACACUUAACGUCGACAUGACUGAUCUCUUCGGACAUUUGACCGGCCUAUGUUUGCGCCUCUCCCGCAACCCGGAGGCUGUCAUAGGCGGAGACACGUCGUCUGACUGGCUGCUAACUGACAAAGUGAUUUCGUGGCCCGGCACGGCAGCAGACCGAGGCUGGCGAUACCUUCGAGAGUUGCUGGAGCGGCACGAUGGUCCGGAUACGGAUUACAGAUACACCAAGGUGACAUUGGAAACCAUCUUAGAACUCGAUCGCACAUCACCACCUCGACAGUGGUUGACUCAGCCGCUAAAGGCAAGUCUUCUACGCGCAACCAUUGUGAGCGCAUCGCUAAUUCCCCCGCCGCAAGUGCACCACCCUGAGUAUCUGAUUCGCACAUGCCUGCGCUACGAGAUGUUCGAAGGGGCACUGGAGCACACGUUGUCGCUAAUGCGGAAGUGA